GCGGGACUUCCGGCGCGGCGCCGCCUUGCCUGGACUGUAACUGGAGAGCCGGCUGCUCUCUAAGCCGACAGAAAUGGACUCAGAAAACAAGGAAGAAAUUCCUAUACAUGAGGAAUUCAUUUUAUGUUGUGGAGUUGAAACCCAGGUUAUAAAAUGUGGACCCUGGACUGAUCUCAUAAAUGAUCAGAGUGGAAACAGGCCUAAGCUGCUUAUCUUCAUUAUUACUGGUAAUCCAGGUUUUUGUUCCUUUUAUGUGCCAUUUGCCAAGACCUUGUAUUCUUUAACAAAUAAACGCUUUCCCGUUUGGACUAUCAGUCAUGCUGGACAUGCCAUGGUCCCCAAAGACAAGAAGAUUCUUGAGACCUCAGAUGAGUCAAAUGCUCAAGAAUUCCCAGACAUCUAUGGACUCCGUGGUCAAGUAGAACAUAAGCUGGCUUUCCUGAAAGCUCACGUACCCAAAGAAAUGAAACUUGUGCUCAUUGGCCAUUCAAUAGGAUGCUAUAUGUCCCUUGAGAUUUUGAAGAUUGCUCCUGAACUCCCAAUAAUCCGCUCCUUUCUGCUCUUCCCGACGAUUGAGCGAAUGUCUGAGUCCCCCAAUGGAAGGAUCGCCACUCCACUCCUGUGUUGGCUUCGCUACGUUCUCUACGUCUCUGGCUACAUGCUGCUGAAACCAUUCCCGGCGUUUAUCAAGUCCUUACUCAUUAGAGUCGGCCUUCAGCUGCUGAACAUAGACAACGAGUUUUACAACCUGAAUUUAUUUGAACCGUUCUGCCUCACCAAUGCAGCCUACCUUGGGGGCCAAGAAAUGAUGCAGGUGGUGGAAAGAGACAACGAAACCAUAAGAGAACAUUUAUCUAAGCUCACAUUUUACUAUGGUACUAUAGAUCGUUGGUGUCCAGUAAGGUACUAUGAAGACAUAAAGAAGGAUUUUCCAGAAGGAGAUAUUCGACUCUGUGAGAAAAAAAUACCUCAUGCAUUUGUCCUCAGGGAUCAUCAGGAAAUGGCCACGAUGGUAGCUGACUGGCUAAAGGAUGAUCUGUCCAAAAUAUAAGCACUGCCACAAACUACCAGACUGACAGCUAAUGAGUGGUAGCAGUGUGCUGCCUCUUCGCAGUAAUAGCAUACUUAGUUGGUAAUUACUUGAUUUUAAUGUUUGACACUAGAAGGAAAAAUUUGAGAAUCACUUGGCUUCAAAAUAACCAGCUCUCCCGAAACCAAUGUAAUGUUAAAUGUCAGUUAUACCUCAAAAAGACCAGCUCUUAGCCCUACCCUGUGCUUCCAGCUGAAGUAAGCACCAGUGAUAAAAUAAUCCACAGGUUUGAAAAUGCAUUUUCUGGGGCUGGAGCAAUAGCACAGUGGGUAGGGUGUUUGCCUGGCACACGGCCGACCCGGGUUCUGUUCCCAGCAUCCCAUAUGGUCCCCCGAGCACCACCAGGAGUAAUUCCUGAGUGCAUGAACCAGGAGUAACCCCAGUGCCUCACUGGGUGUGACCCAAAAAGCAAAAAAAAAGAAGAAAGGAAAGAAAAUGCAUUUUCCCAGGCUCAGAAAGGCUUGCAACAAGAUGCCCUGUGGCACUCUCCAUUUUUUUAGAUAGGCAGGAUCCUGGUAGACAAAAGGAAGUCCAAAUGUAGUUGAUACUUAUAGAAUAACAACAGUAUAGAUUAGGCCCUAGGAAAUAUAAAAGAUGGGUGAAUGCUAAUUGUUCAGGAGGUCUUUGAAGACUGAGAUCAUGUGGAAGAGAGAUUCAGUUCCACCAGCAGGAAGCAGAGAGCCAAGGGGAAUCCAGGCAGUGGACCCAGAGCUCCCUGAAGGACAGCUGGAGACCGGCCGAGCCGGACCUCAUCAGAACCAGACUGAUUACUGAGACAGCCCCCAGCCCCACUGGUCACUUUUGGUGGCACACACCAAGUCAGCAUUUGGUCUGGCCACUGGUAGCGUCAGCCAUAGCAGAACCAGCAAUAGGAGAGGCACUGCUUGUGUCCAGCUCUCGAAGCUUCCCCGAGGUGUGUGGCAUUCGCAUCUGCCUGCCAUGGAUGGAGGAGGAGACCCACCAGCCAGGGCUCUAGUCAGCUUACCAGAGAUGAACUGUUCCAGGUCCCGCCCAGGCCAUUCAGCCCAAGGCAGCUUCAAGCUCUGUGCCAGGGGCUGAGCUCGCUCGGGGGCGUCUGCACCCAGGACAGGGAGGCAGCGGGUGCCCCAAACCACGCCUCAAGCCUGUGGUUAACAUAUGCACAUGCCGUGCAUGUGUGGUGUGUGUGUGUUUCUUUUCCAUAAAACUGCAUGGAAGAUGAACUGUGAGCCAAGCACUGUGCUCAGGAGUGAGGACAGAGUUCUGAGCCACAUUGGGAUUCUCCUGAAAAUCUUCAAGUGAUGAAAAAAAUCCUCAGAUUUCUUCAGGAUUACCAUAAAUGAGUUCUCCAUCUCCACAUUAGCUUUGUUCGAUAUUGCUCUAUCGGUGAACCCAAACAAGUCCCUCCAUUCUGUAGCUUCAUGUUUUCUGGGGGCCCGGGGGCCCGGCCAGCAUGCUCCCUGCCCGGGAAGGACCUGCAGUGCCUCUGCUUCCCCCCACACCCACCCAGCCCCUGGUGCAGAGCCGUUCAAUGCCACUGCUUCCUUGACCACUGAGGAUGGAUCAGAAACGCUUGGUAGUCUCCUAGAGAGAACCCCCCCCCCAGCCCAUGGCACUUGCCUUCCUUCAGCACCCCCAAAUGCCAUCGUUCCCCUCAAAGCUCAAAGCCCCUAGGAAGAAAGAACCAGCUCUGGUGCUGCCAGCCUCCUGGAGAGGGCUGGCUGAGCUGCCAUCGUUAGGCACAACUUGUACUGCAGAAAGAGAGAAUGACUUCUCGAGGGGCCAGAUGAGCCCCUGACAGAGACAAUACGGCCGGGGGAGGGGACAGGAGACCCGGAGGCAGGCACAGAAGUCACUGUUGGCAUCUGUGUGAGGAGGGCACAGAAGUAUGUGAGCCCCGCAGGAGCUAUGGGGGCGACUCCCCACUCCUUCCCCCACGCACGGAAGCCAUCUCGGGUCACUCAGGCUGCCUGGGUUCGGAAUCACUUCUGAGUACAUGGCGGUUCUCUUAGCAUGAUUUCACAUUACUCCAUUAUUUCAAAAGUCCACCAGCUUGCGGUUGUUUAUGGUCAGUUUGGGGAGUUUAAACAUAAUAAAAAGUAAAGUGAUCUCGGCAAAGGGCAGAGCCUUGUUUUCUGACACCUAAACAUCAGAUUGAAUUUUUGAAAUAAAUGCUUGCACCACGCUUGUGACCUUGCCUGGCUGCUCUUGGCAUGUGUGGGGCGGGGCAGACCCUGAGCAGUCCGAGCGUCCCUGGGUUAGCGUCUCUCUGUCCAGCCGGAAACCUCCUUGCUCACUCAGUGCUGCUCUGAGAGAAGAAACAGCUCUCAGUCCGAGGCUGACGUUUCAUGAGGAAUGAAAAGCUACGUGCAUGCAUGCAUAGGGAUGAGGUAGAUUAGGACAUGUGAGCACUGGAGGCUGGACUGUCUGUGGGGUUUGUUUUUGUUUGUUUGUUUUUUUUUUGUUUCAUUUGGGGGCCAUACUCUGUGGUGCUCAGAGAUUGCUGCUGGUGGGCUUGGGGGAUCAUAUGGGGUCCUAGAGAUUGAACCCCUGUCAACCACGUGCCAGGCAAGUGCUCUACCUCCUGUACUAUCUCCAGCCUCUGUGUGACAUUUGAGUUGCUUCAUCUGAUUUGGCCUCGGAACCUUCAUUUAUAAGACAGACUUAAUGAUAAGGCCUUCCUCAGAGCAUUGAAAGAAUACUUUGAAAGAACUAGGGUGUUAAAAUUAAACUGUCUACCCAAGAGCAUGUUCUCAAUAAAGAUUGGAUAUAAUAAUUAUUCUUAUCGAGUAUCAUCACAAUACAACACAAAUAAGCAGAAGACUUCAGUUGAUAAGGGGUGGAUAUAAUCCAUGUUCAGAGCAUUUUUGCCAGUACAUCCCAGUGAGCCACCAUUAGUCCUUGCUGGUGGCCUGAUGUCCUAUGGGCCUGUCUAGAGUCACAGGAAAGAGUAAGGUGGGGACCGUGGCUCUUGUGACCCCAAUGUCUGGUGGCAGAGCCCUCUCUCCGUCCACUUCUCCCUCCAGCAGCCUUCCAAGGCUUUGUUUCUCCUCAUCCUGUAUUGUUAGAAGGUAAGGAGGAACAUGAGGAACAUGAUGAGGAGACCAAGAAACAUGACAUUGCCACAUGGGAUUCCCGGGUCAUUAAUAAUGUUUUCAUUAUUUUUUAAAAAAUUAUAUAUAUAUAUGGACAGCUUGGAGCUAUACUAGCGGAGAGUGAGAGAUGGGUUUUGAUUUCCUGAUUUCAGUUGUUGGUUUCUGAUUCACAGUGUUUAAUCAUGGAGAAGCAGGGAAAUACCUCUGGUGAUGUAUCCAAAGCAUGAGCUCUGUUGUUGAUUUUUCUUUCCAAUGGCUCAAAAAAUAAGAAAUACUCUUUGUACUUUACCUGCAGCUUUUUCAUAUGUUUACUUUUGAAAUUAAUAAAA